AUGGCCUCACCAUCGGAGCAGCCCGCCGCCCUGGAAGAGGGUCGGCGCAUCUACCUGGGCAACCUGCUCUACAGCGUCCAACCCGCCGAAAUCGAGGAUAUGCUGAAGGAUAACGGCUAUGAAGGGUACGAAAAGAUUCAUAUCUCAAUGGAUCCGGUCUCGGCUCGGAACCCCGGGUAUUGCUUUGUCGAUUUCGCUGAGCGCGAGGACGCUGAGCGGGCACUAUCCUCUCUUGAUGCGCGCCUCCGUGGUAGACCACUGAAGGUCGGCCCUUGCGAGCCCAAGAAGCAGAACCGGAGCCGAUGGCAAAGCGACAGAGAACCUGCUUUCAACAGGUGGGGAGAUUGGUCCGGAUCGCGGGGUGAAGGCGGAGAUGAGGCCGGCAGAUCGCCGGCGCGCACUGGCAGGAACGGCGGCAUUGAGAGUGGACCGUAUGGCGCCACCAAGCACUUCGACGAGGUCGCCGCGACGGAGGGAGACGGUCGGAGGCUCUAUGUUGGAGGACUGGGCCCGAUGGUUGAUCAGGCGCAACACCAGGAUGAGAUUCAGGAGAUUCUCGGGGGCCACAAAUCACUAGCAAUCAGCAAGCGCAUCACUCCUCAUGAGUCGACUAGGGCCAAGGGUGGUGAACACCACUACUGCUUUGUCGAUUUCGCGACAGCUGAGGAGGCCGAUGCAGCAAAGAACGCGCUAGACCGCAAGGUUUGGGGAACCGGCCGACUGCGUGUCAACGUUGCUCGCGCUAUGCCCGACAAGCUCAAGGACCGUACGACGCCCGCGGAGAUACAAAAUGAGAGGGAUAACGGUGAGCGCUCGGCUUGGCGGAAGCCCAGAUACGACAACUCGAACCGCGACAACCGUGAGAACAGCACGAGAUCUUCCCAACCACUCAGAUCAGCAGCAUCAGGCAACUGGCGGCAAAAGGAGCCUUCGACCUGA